GCAAGAGCCCGCGAGGCAGGCAUCCCCGCUCCGUUCCGCUCCUGGACUGGGAGAGGUGGCUGGGAGGUCGGAAACGGGGACACCGUCAUCAGGACUCCCAACUCCGGGGUGCAGGGGGCGUGCCUCCAGCAGCUUUCCCUCGGGGACCCACCCUACCCGCCCCUCCUAGGAAGCAGCCCCCGACUCUGCACCCGAGAGGCGUUUGUUUCUCUUGCGAAAGGGGGAUGGGGUGGGAUGCAUGGAUCACUUCUCCUCUCCAAAAUGGAUUCUAGUUAGUUGCUUCCUUUCCCAAGUAGUAAUAAUUUUCGCAGCAAUCAUGUGAAAAGAAAACUGGAUCAGGAAAUUAGGCAGAGGGCUCAUUGGUGAAAGGCACUAGCAGGGAUGUUUGUUUUCGCUCCGACUUCUGCGCUCGGUCUAUUUGCCUGGCCCGGGAGGGAGAGUAGAGGUGAACCGAGAAUAGGUCGUGCGGAGGGCAGUCCCCGGGAGCCUGGGAGCGGCGGGCCGUCCAGAGUUCACCGAGGGGACGCGUCUGAGGGGGGCUCGCCGCCCAGUCCGGGGGUCUCUCACCCAGCACUGUCAAGUUGUCUGGGCACGGAGAACUCCUUGCCUAAGGGAGCUGCCUCCCGGAGAGGUCAUGUCUGAGGCACAGAGAUGGGCAAGAUCGAGAGCAACGAGAGGGUGAUCCUCAAUGUCGGGGGCACCCGGCACGAAACCUACCGCAGCACCCUCAAGACCCUGCCCGGGACGCGCCUGGCCCUGCUCGCCGCCUCCGAGCCCCAGGGCGACCCGCUGCCGCCGCAGCCCCCCGCGCGCUCGCCGCCGCCGCGGCCGCCCCCGCGGUCCCCCGGGCCGGGCGGCUGCCUGGAGGGCGGCGCGCGCAACUGCAGCGCCCGCGGCGGCGACCACCCCGCCGGGGGCGGCCGCGAGUUCUUCUUCGACCGGCACCCGGGCGUCUUCGCCUACGUGCUCAACUACUACCGCACCGGCAAGCUGCACUGCCCGGCCGACGUGUGCGGGCCGCUCUUCGAGGAGGAGCUGGCCUUCUGGGGCAUCGACGAGACCGACGUGGAGCCCUGCUGCUGGAUGACCUACCGGCAGCACCGCGACGCCGAGGAGGCGCUCGACAUCUUCGAGGCCCCCGACCUGCUCGGCGGCGACCCCGGCGACGACGAGGACCUGGCGGCCAAGAGGCUGGGCAUCGAGGACGCCGCGGGCCUGGGGGGCCCAGACGGCAAGUCCGGCCGCUGGAGGAGGCUGCAGCCCCGCAUGUGGGCUCUCUUCGAGGACCCCUACUCGUCCAGAGCCGCCCGGUUUAUUGCUUUCGCUUCUUUAUUCUUCAUCCUGGUUUCAAUCACAACCUUUUGCCUGGAGACACACGAAGCUUUCAAUAUUGUCAAAAACAAGACAGAAUCAGUCACCAAUGGCACCAGCGUGGUUCCACAGUAUGAAAUUGAAACGGAUCCUGCCUUGACGUAUGUAGAAGGAGUGUGCGUGGUAUGGUUUACUUUUGAAUUUUUAGUCCGUAUUGUUUUCUCCCCCAAUAAACUUGAAUUCGUCAAAAACCUCUUGAAUAUCAUUGACUUCGUGGCCAUCCUACCCUUCUACUUAGAGGUGGGCCUCAGCGGGCUCUCAUCUAAAGCUGCUAAAGAUGUACUUGGCUUCCUCAGAGUGGUCAGAUUUGUGAGGAUCCUGAGGAUCUUCAAGCUCACCCGCCAUUUUGUAGGUUUGAGGGUGCUUGGACACACUCUUCGAGCGAGUACAAAUGAAUUUUUGCUGCUCAUAAUCUUCCUGGCUCUAGGAGUUUUGAUAUUUGCUACUAUGAUCUACUAUGCGGAGAGAGUGGGUGCCCAGCCCAACGACCCUUCAGCUAGUGAGCACACGCAGUUCAAAAACAUCCCCAUUGGGUUCUGGUGGGCUGUCGUGACCAUGACCACCUUGGGCUAUGGAGACAUGUACCCCCAGACGUGGUCGGGGAUGCUGGUGGGAGCCCUGUGUGCUCUGGCUGGAGUGCUGACAAUAGCCAUGCCCGUACCUGUCAUUGUCAACAACUUCGGAAUGUACUACUCCUUGGCGAUGGCGAAGCAGAAGCUUCCGAGAAAAAGAAAGAAGCACAUCCCUCCUGCUCCUCAGGCAAGCUCGCCUGCUUUCUGCAAGACAGAAUUAAACAUGGCCUGCAACAGCAAACAGGGUGACACGUGUCUGGGCAAAGACAAUCGGCUUCUGGAACAUAACAGAUCAGUGUUAUCAGGUGACGAGAGUGCAGGAAGUGAGCCGCCAGUAUCACCCCCAGAAAGGCUCCCCAUCAGGCGCUCUAGUACCAGAGACAGACACAGAAGAGGGGAGACAUGUUUCCUGCUGACGGCAGGUGAUUACACGUGCACCUCUGAUGGAGGGAUCAGGAAAGGAUAUGAAAAAUCCCGAAGCUUAAACAACAUAGCGGGCUUGGCAGGCAAUGCUCUGAGGCUCUCUCCAGUAACUUCACCUUACAACUCUCCUUGUCCUCUGAGGCGCUCUCGAUCUCCCAUCCCAUCUAUCUUGUAAACCAAACUGCAUCAGUUGGCUAAAUGGUCUUAAUUCAAGUACUGUUUACCCCGUAAUGGAAAUAAUUAAAUGUAGAGUUACUCCAGACGCCAUUAAUACAGUAUAAAUCCUGCAUGAUACUACUAUCUGAAGUCAGAAAUGCCAUUUGGGUAGCUGACGAAUCUUAUCCGGGCUUUAAACGAAUCUUAUCCUUGUAGUGCUACCACUUCUCCUUAUGAAUUGCCCUGAUCUCCUUUCGCAAUAAAAUGACAGAUAGCAUCAGAUAUUGGCGGGUAGCCUAAUACAUAAACACAUCUUCAGGGAGAUAUAUUUAUAUCAUUGUGCUUCCAAAUGCCAGCUACUUCAUGGGGACUUCAUUUCUUGUGACUCUGAACCAUUCUGAAGAUGUCUGGGAUUCUGUUUUGAAUGCACGCAACGUGACUUUGGUCAGCUCAUUUGCAUGGACCAUCUUGUCUUUAUCACCUGAAAGCAAUGUCACAGAGUUCGGGGACCGCAGAGGGCUCGGGAUAUGUGUACUUGCAUCGAACCAUCCUGCUGAUGUGAAAGCACUGGUUGACUGUUCUGCAUGUUGAAUUGUGGGGCAGGGAGGGUGAAUUUCUCCUUGACAAUUUUUUUUUCUUUAUAAUUCUUUGAAAAAAAAUUUGUUUUAAAUAGUUUAAUUUCUUGAUUGAUUUACUUUUCUUCCAAAAUGCUGUAUUGGAGUUCUGAAUGUCUCUGGUUGUUUGCACACAGAUAACUGCAAAGAGAUUGUCAUUACUGGUUACACGCAAGCCGAGGCCAGAUCUCUUACUUAAUGGCUUGGGGAAGGCACAAAACAUGAGAGAAAGGUAACUGCCAGCCAGGCUUGCAUCGUUCAGAUAGGAAUUGCUAUUUGGAACUAGACUCAUGGUUUUUUUUUAUUUUUUUUAAUCCCAGAAUUUGUCAUCGUUUUCAGAGUCAGGGUGCCAAAUACCACUCAAAAUUCUUGUCUUUUUUACCCCCUUCUUUUAUUUAAUUUUUUAUUUUUUUUUGCAAACAACAAAGAGCAUUGUUGUUCACAGGAAGCUUUCUUGACCAGCCUUAAAUUCCCGACCGACAGCAUUGAUCAGGUUUUCAGGCAGUGUUUAAUCAGGUGCUUUGUCCUGUAUGUUGUUCUGUCCGUAUGUCUUAGCUCCCUGUCUUAUAUGUAUAUGCCAUCUGUCUCCAUGAAGCACAGAAAUGCCUUGAUAAGGUGUUCAUGAUUUUAGUACUGGGUCUUCUCCCCUGCCCCUUGCCUUCUUCACUACUUGGAACAGCCUCUCUGCUUUGUGUAUAAAUUAAUGAUGCCCCGUAGACUACCUAAGUUAAUCAGUACUGUGAACCUUUUUGAGAAGCAGGAUUUAAGCAGCAGUUUUACCGUUGCAUUUGAUUGCCUGCUGCAGUGUCAGUUUCUACUACCUAGCAACCAGAAUUCAUCAGGACACACCAGUGAAACCCUCAGGGUGUCUUAUUCUGUCCAAGUGGAAGACAUUCUGUUUGCACAUCCCUACAAAUGCAAUAGCGGUAGUGUGUCUGAUGUAUUGGACAUGAGAGGGAAGAAACUACCAUUCUAUAAACUGAGAGAUAAACAGUAUUUUUAAGGCAUUUGGGAUCCUUGAGACUGCUGAUUCCUAGUGCUCAUGUUUAUUUCCAGUUAGGGAGACAGUUGUCACUUUUAGAAUUGGCCACAUAACAUGUAUUACUUUAUAUCCCCAAGUCCUAGAGCAUGACCUGCAUGUCAGAGACCUUGUACAGCAAUGUAUUUACCCAGACGUAAACAACUGGUAUUUAGAGAUUCAGUGAUGCUUUUGAUAACACUACACAUAGAAAGUUAUAAUUAAACACAACUUUAUGGUAAAGGAAUUAAUAUACUGUCUGGUGCUGCUGUUAUUGACUGCAGUGUUAUACAGAAUUUAUCAUGGAUUUUUGACUGCUGAAAAAGGGACAGUGGAAUUUAGCCAUACCAAGGACUGUUCUGGAAACAGACUUCUGCUGCUGAAUGUGCCCUGAUGUGACCAGGUUGCACUUGGAAGAGAUCCUGGCGUCUUCAUGAGGCAUGAGAAGCCUAUGCAAGAGCUGUGGCUGGAACUCAUUUGGUGCUGCCCAUAUGAGUGGUCUGCUGAGGACUGGCUGGUGUCCGUGAAACAGCUGUAAAUACCAACAUGUAUGCAUGGGUCAACAGCUUUGGCCAUCUCACAUCAAAGAAAGCCAGAGUCACGAUCAACAUCUCUGGAGCUUCCAGUAAGGCCCACACCUCUGUGAAUUACCCUUUGUGGACCUGCAGUAGAUUGUGCUGUGAUCAUAAAAGCAGUGAUAUUGGUAUACUAUAGGUCUGUCUUAAUUUCCUUUAUUUCUCCUUUGUUGGUUAGAUCCACAAACACUAACUGUAUCGUUUAUUUUUAAUAAACCACUUAUAGUAGCUUGUCGUAUUAUGUUGUAAAAUUUUCAGUGCCUAUUUGUCAAAAUUGACCCAUUUGGAGUCUCAGAUUUGUUUUAAGUUCUUAAAAGUUAUUUGACUUAAACUCAUUAAUAUUAUUCAUGAUUCAAGUAUUUCAUCAUUGUUACCUCAAUUAUAAAUAUGAAAAAAAUAAAAUUCUGGCAAUGAGAGUAUUUUUUUAUUAAAUUAUCAAGAACUAUGUCAGUAUAUAGUAGAAUAUUAAUUGAAUUAUAUCCUAAAAUGUAUAUUUUGCAUAAAAGAGAUAUUCUUCAAUCAAUUACUUUUUUUGUGAAUUUUGUGGCAAAGAAGCUUGUACUUGUCUUUAAAACUGUUGUAGUUGAAGCUAUAUAAGAAUUCAUCUUGCUUAAUCAGUAUUUCUAGAAUUUAUUAGUUCCCCUGGGACUCUGAAUAUAACAUACAACCUAAUUGUGAACCCCUAUAUCAUGGACCUUUUGUGACCUUCUCAAGGUGCAUGCAUAACCUUGAAGAUAAACGGUGAAAAUGUAAUUAACUAAAAUGAAGAAUAAAAGGCAAAUAAGUUGGGGAUAAACUUGAAUCGUAUCUGAAUAAAUUAUUCAUGUUUUUUCCUUG